AAUAAUUACAACGAGGAAUUAACUCCAAUUGACUUGAACCCCACCAAAAAAGUUGCCCUCAUUUUAACAUCUUCUGGUACCACAGGCUUCCCAAAAUGCGUCCAACUAACCCAUUUAAACCUACGCACAACAAUGUUAUAUGCCAUGGACCCAAACUUCCUCGACUUGAACCAGAACGAAUCAACCAUCGCUUUUUUACCAUAUUUCUACGUUUUUGGUUGUGCUGUCUCUCUUGCUUCGAUUCUAAGUGGUUGCAAAUCAAUAGUUAUGGAAAAAUUUAUCCCCGAUUUGUUUUUGGCCAACAUACAGAAGCACAAAGUUACCAAAUUGUUUGUGGUUCCUCCGAUUUUGCAAUUUUUGGUUAAAAAUCCAAUGGUUGGGAAAUUUGAUAUUUCCUCAGUUGUUGAUAUUUUGUGUGGGGCUGCUGUUGUUGGUAAAGAAUUGGAAGAAAUGGUUCAGGAACGGUUCAAGGUCAAGUCGGUUAGGCAAGUUUAUGGUAUGACAGAAUUAUGUGGUGCUGCGGCCAUGAUUCCCAAAAAUUUUCAAAAAUAUGGGUCUUCCGGUAAAGUGGUUUCCUGUACCCAGAUCAAAGUUUGUGACGUUGCAAAUGGAAAAACACUGGCAGCUCAAGAAAUUGGGGAAAUACGGGUUAAAGGCGAUGGAACCAUGAAGAGUUAUUUGAAGAAUGAAGAAGAAACGAAGAAAGCGUUUGAUGAAGAAGGGUUUUUGAAGACUGGUGAUUUGGGUUAUUAUGAUGAGGAAGGUUAUUUCUACAUCGUUGACCGUUUGAAGGAAAUUAUCAAAUAUAAAGGGUUUCAGGUAUCACCAGCUGAGUUGGAGAAUUUGUUGAUACAACAUCCUGCUGUUAAAGAUGCAGCUGUUGUUGGACUUCCUGAUGAAAGAGCCGGAGAGUUACCUUUGGCAUUUGUUGUUAAACAGGAUCAAAAUGUGACGGAAAAAGAAUUGAUUCGAUUCAUUUCAGAGAAUGUUUCUGUCCAGAAACAUUUGUAUGGUGGAGUUAGAUUUAUUGAAAACAUUCCGAAAAAUUCCAGUGAGAAAAUUCUAAGACUAAAACUACAAGAGCUGCUAUGACGUGGAUUAUUAAUAAAUAUUUCUUAUAUGUGUUUAUUUAAGUAAUAAAAUAAUAAUCAUUGGCUAUUUGCUUUUAA